GCAUUUUGAAAAAAGAUUUUGUCCAGAACAGUACGUACUUAGUUUAUUUAACAAAUCACAAUAUAAUUAAAAAGAAUCAUAAAGUUAUGACAUCAAAGGAAAUAAAAAUCUCACCUUCAGUAUCAGCAAAAUCAGAAGAAGCUUUAAAAAUAAUCAAUAUGGAAAGGAUUAAUGAAAAUUUGUCAGAUGAUGAAAAUAUGUCGGGAUUUGAUUCAGACUCUGAGGAUGAGAACCACAAUGGAUCAUCCUCAACAUGCCGUAAUUCAAGCAGUAGCACAUCUCAAAAUAAUUCUGGUGGUGAAAAUUUGUUGGCGCUAGCAGCUGCUAAUCCAAAUCUAGCAUUUGGACAAACAAUAAGGAACGGAGUUGUGGUCAAGAAGAUAUUUACAAAUACUCGAGAAAGAUUCAGACAGCAAAAUGUCUCAUCUGCAUUUGCGGAACUAAGAAGAAUUGUUCCAACACAUCCAGUGGAUAAGAAGUUGAGCAAGAAUGAAAUACUACGUGCUGCAAUUAAAUACAUUCGGCUUUUAACUAAUGUCCUCGAAUGGCAGAAACAGCAAGAAGAAAAUAGUGAAAAUAUUAUCACAAAUGGAUUCGCAAGAACUGAGUCACAGCAUUCUUGUGUUAAUUACAUCAUAUCCAAGAAAUAUGACAUAACUAAUCCAAUUGAUAAGCUUAAUCAUAAUAAAAGCUUACUGAUGAUUGCACCAACUACACCAUUUUCAGGAUAUUUCCCUAGAAUGCUGGUUCCAAAGCCUAAUUUAUCAUCCUCGCCAUUUUUUAAAAAUUGUAAAACGUCCUUCAUAAAAAGUGAAAAUGUUGGACACGGCAAGAAUCUGUCGUGCACAACUAGCAUUUUUAAUCAUCUUCUUAAGCCGGGAAAUUCUAAUAAGCAUUAUUCCACUGAUUCUUAUCAAAGCUCAUCACAUAAUUUCACAGUAAAGUUUAAAACGGAAGCUGUGGAAAUUAAAGUGGAAAAUGAGUCAAAAUCUGAUGAAGAAACAAAGAAACGCAAAUCAUCGUCCUCAAAAUUGUCACUAGAAAAUCCAGCAAAAAUGAGACGAAAGAAUUAAACUUGUCAUUAUAAAAGAAAUCAAAAAAGGUCAGAAAAGUUAUAGAUCGAUUUGCUGAUAAAGCCAUCAGAUAAGGGGCCGUUCACUUAUUACGUUCGCAUUUUAGGGGGGAGGGGGGUUUGAAAAAUUGUAACAAAAUGUAACAUAGGGGGGGGGGGGGGGGGUGUCAAGAAGUAUGUAAC